AUGUUGACUAGGCUUACAGUAGGAGUGCAUCACCGCACUACUGACCGUUUGUUGGUGGAUUUUGUUACACUCAAACGCUGCCACCAUGCCAUCAUUUUCGAUUGCCACUCCUCUGCGUUCGAUCGUGCCCAAGUGCUAAAAGUUUCCCACAAUAGCAGCACGCUCGUUCGCUUUGUCGACAUAGCCGCAAACAGCACGCCAUCGAACGUAGUCCGAGCCUUGUUCACACCUCGCCAGCACGCCAAACUGUGCGCCGUGCUCGACUUUGCCUGCCCGGGAGCGCCGCAACUUCUGGAGGAAGUCUCCAAACAUCGCUACAUGAACAACACCGUCAGCUGGCUGCUACUAUCUCGCAACACAGCAGCCGACCGUGGCGAGCUGCUGCCGAGAGUGCUCUGGAACACGGCCGGCAUUCAGAUUAACUCGGAUCUUGUUACGGCCAUUGAAACUACCGACCAUCGAGGGGUGUUUAAUCUGUUCGAUAUCUACUCCAAGGGUCGCCAUCUUUGUAAAGAUAUCUUCCAAACGCUGCUGGGAACGUGGAGCGCUGACGGUGGCUUCCGCCUGACGCCCAACUACAGCCCGUACAAGAUUCGGCAAAACUUUAACUUCCUGCAGCUCCGGGGAGUUACCGUGAUCGAUCGAGAAAAUGUAACAUCGGACAAGGUCGAUCAGCUGUUAGGUGAACCGGGACUGACCAAGGGCAUCGUCGCGUUCGUUAAGUAUCAUUACGCGCUGCUGGUCGUGUUGCGAGAUUUUCACAACUUCACCAUCAAAUUUCGUCCAACGCGCGGCUGGGCCGGCCGCUUACGCUCCGGCUAUCGGCUGGGGCUGCUCGGUGUGGUGCAGCGCCACGAAACGGAUGUCGCCGCGACCGGUAUCAUCAUGCGGCUGAGCCGCCAGCCGGAACUGGACUCGAUCCACUACAGCUGGGCCUUCGAAACUGGUUUCAUCUACAAAAUCACACCGGACAUUGGGAGCAAAUCGGAAGGAAACGGUUUCGUUGCUCCAUUUUCGCUCCCGGUCUGGGUGGCGCUGCUCCUAACGCUCGCCCUGUCGGUGCUGGUGCUGCAGUAUCUUGCCCGGCUGUCCGCGGCCGAGCGAAACACGCGCGCUACGAUGGCGUACGUGCUGGACGUGAUGGCGUGCGUCGCCCAGCAAGGUGUGCCGAACGUUUCGCGCCUGGUACCGGCGCGCGUCGCCGUGAUCGUGCUGCUCGUCGCUAAUUUGGUGCUGUACAACUACUACACCUCCACGGUGGUCAGCGGGCUGCUCAGCUCGCAGAUGAUUGGCCCGGAAACGAUCGCGCAGGUGAUCGACAGCCCGCUGCAACUGUCCCUGACCGACACGGGCUAUCAUCGGAUACUGUUGCGGGAACAAACGCUACCGUACAGCACACGGAUGCACGAGCGCAAAGCGUUGCCGCCACGGUCACCCAACGAUCUGCCCCUGUUUACGGACGUCGAGCAUGCGGUACCGUAUCUGAGACGCGGCGGACACGUGCUGCACUGCGAGCUGACGGAGGUUUAUCCCGCGAUCGCCAAUCAGUUCACCGCCAACGAGAUAUGCGAGCUGCGAACGGUUGAAGGAUUGUACCGGUACGACAUACGAGUGAUGGCGUUCGUGCUGCCGAAACACAGCAUGUACAGCGAGCUCUUCAAGAUCACCUUGAUGCGGGCACAGGAAACGGGGAUCGUAAAGCGGAUUUAUAGGAUCCACAAAAUAGCGAAACCAAUCUGCCAAGGAAGUGCAACGGUCUACUCGGUGGAGCUGACGGAGGUUUCGCUAGCGUUUAUUAUAUUGGGAGGUUGUAAAAGACGCCAAAAGACGCGGUGGCUGGUGCAGGCCGUGGUCGCUCGCAUCAUGCCGGCUCGCUAA